GCCAUUGUUUUACUGCCCUGCAUCGAGUCUUGUUGCCGAUCGGUAGUGCUCUCCAACUUCGGCCUCACAUAAUCUGAAUUUUAAAUAACAAAUAAAUCAAAUUUUACUUCUAUGAAGUUCCUCAAAGUGUAAAGUGAAGUAAAACCGUAACAAUGUUAUCGAUUGUGACAAUAACCUCCUAGCAAAUGGCUGUAAGUUAUAAGGAGUGGUGAGUUCGGUUGUAACGAUAACUCAGCAUUAUUUACAUCCAUAUACCUAACACCGCGUUGACGAUAACUACUCGUUAGUACGUUGUCGAGAUUCUUUGGUUUUUGGUAGUGUUGUAGUUACAUCGACUGAAAAACCGUCGGUUUUUUUACGGCUAUUUCUAAAAGAGCAUUUCAAUUGUGGCUCCCACACAUGUUCAAUUGAAAUGCUAAUUUACAGAUUUGCCGUGGAGAAACUACCACAUUGCAGCAGAUAUUUAUGCAACUGCGCGACUGAAGUGAACUGAAUUGCGGUUGGAUAUAGUUGUGUUGUGCAAUAAUGGAACAAUUUAUGGAGGAGUUUAAUAAAAACUUUGCUACCAAUAACACUGGUGCUGAACCAGCUGGUUGCCCAUUUAAAAAUGGGAUAAAUCCUCCAUUACCAGCUGCACCUUUACCUGAUGAGGUGGUUAAACCUCCACCACCACAAGAUAAUGAAGAUGAUUCAUUACCAGAGGUGGUUAGCAAUGGGAUCAAGAAGAAUGUGUUACAUUCACCAGUCAGUGAAGAGAGCUAUGGUUCUAUGAAAACUGAAGAGGACAGUUCUUCAUUUGCAAUGGGUGGUAAUCAAAAUGGACAUGCAGUUAAUCUUAAUUCAUUCCAUGUUCUGGAUGAAAUUGAGAAUGAAUCUGACAAUGAAGAUUGUGAUUCUUCUGAUAUGGAUGUGCCUGAUGAUGAAAUUGAACAAAUGUUGGAGGAUGCACUUACAAAGAAAAGGAAAGCAAAUGAAGCUGGUUUAGAUGAAACACCUGCACCAUACAAUGAAAAAGAAAAAACCGUCCUUAUAGACAAAGGAAGCAAUCAUUUUGACAUUCUCCCAGAGGGGUGGGUAAAAGUAACACACAACAGUGGCAUGAAUAUUUACUUACAUCAACAAUCACGCGUGUGCACCUUAUCGAAACCGUAUUUUUUGGGUCCGGGCAGUGCCAGGAAACACGACUUACCAAUAAGUGCCAUACCUUGUUUAAAUUACAAACGUGCUCUGGAGGAUGAACAAGCCGCAAAAAAGGACAAAGCCGCACAGGAACUCCCCAACGCGAAGAUUGAAACCGUCAGCGAGAAUAACAAAUGGAAUAAUUUGAAUCCGGAACAGGUUCGAGCGUAUUGUGAGAAACUUUUCCAAUUCCGUACGAUUAAAGUAACGCGUUUUAAAUCUUGGAGUGAGAGGCGACAAUUCAGCAAGAAAAAGAAACAAGAGAAACAAUUACAACGACCGACUUUACCUGAUGGAACAAAGCUAAUAACAUUUCCGAUACAAGACAAUGAUGGUGAGCCGGGCGCAACGAAAAAAGAAUGGAUAAUGAACCCCAACGGAAAGUCAUACGUUUGUAUUCUGCAUGAAUAUGUGCAGCAUGCGCUGAAAAAACAGCCCACGUAUAAAUUCAACGAAUUGGAGAAUGCUGCAAUGCCAUAUGCAGCAAUAGUAUCUAUUAACGAAAUGCAGUAUGGUGUUGGUUAUGGGACGAGUAAAAAGCAGGCUAAAUCGGAAGCGGCUAAAGCUACCCUCGAAAUUCUUAUUCCAGAAAUGAGGUUUAAGAUUCUUACGGAUGCUAAAACAGGCGGGGCGAGUACUUCGAAAUCUCAAGAUCAAGAUUUAUCAUUUUUUGACGAAAUCCGGAUUGAAGAUCCGCGUGUAGCUGAAUUCUGUGCGAAAACCACCGAACCAUCUCCGCAUGACAUUCUUCUCACCUGUCUUCAGCGGAAUUUUGGGGUGGGCGAUUUGGAAAUCAAUUAUCAGGGUCAAACCCUAAAGCAUCAAAAGAACGAGUUUACUAUGACUGUCGGUAAACACACUGCCACAGUAAUCUGCAAGAACAAACGAGAUGGAAAGCAACGUGCGUCACAAAGUAUUCUACAAGCACUGCAUCCCCAUAUCAAUAAUUGGGGUAGUAUUCUUAGAUUGUACGGAAAUCGAUCGAUCAAAACCUUCAAGGAGAAAAAGCUCGAGGAACAAGAAAUUACCUUGUUACAGAGCAAGGCGGCGGUGAAUUCGCCGAAUUUUGCAAUUUUGAAUAAGCUUAAGUUAGAGUUGGGCAAGUUGAAGGAUAAACGCGAUGCGAUCAAACCGAUAGGUGUCUUUGUACCGCCGAAGAAUGAACAUAUACCAAAUUUUUCUUCCUCCAAUUUGAAAAAUGUCGAUUUAUAAACGGUAUUAUAUUUUACUUAGUAAUGACCGCAUUAAACCAAAUUAUGUGCUGCCCUAAAGGGAAAAUUGCGAGAAUUAGAAAGAAAUCUGAUUGCUUUAAGAUAAUAAUUGUAAAAAUCUGAGGACUUGAAAAUUCGACAACGUUCGUUUUAAUUAUAAUAUUUAUAAGUGCAAGUAUUAUAAAAUGACGGAUUUAGCAAUUAUGUACUGAAACUGUAAUGUAACAUUCACAUAUGUAAAUUAAUGCUUCGAGGGUAUGAAUUUGAAUAUCCCGCCAUGCGCAGAUUGCGCUGCACUCACUCAGCGCUUUCUGUAUGUUGACUUUAGUCAGUCUUGUUCUGCUCGCGAUGUGUUCCAGCACCCCAUAUUGAACGAAAGAAAACUGGCUUGUAACCGUGUGUGGUAAUUAAGUGAGUGCUCUGAACGUGAGAGAGAAACCCCGCCAAUUAAAUUAUUAUCAAUACGAAGGUAAUUUAAUUAUCUAACUGUAAUACCGCAUGCUUUGUAAUGUUGAAACCAGUGUGGUUUAUGAAUUUAUUUUAUCAUUUGAUUGAAUACAUAAUGAUACAAUGAUUCCUUAA